GAGCGGGUGGAAGAUCAAUACGCAGCCACAACAGCCUGGCACCACCUCCUCAUGCUGGUCACCAACCUGGUCACACAUUGCUGUGGGAAGGCAUUCCAUUCCUCAACCAAGAGUCGUUGCAGAUCAGCCAUCGUGGUUGUGUUGGUCACUAACACGUACAGCACGCCCAAGCUGAUACCAAAAGUGUUCAAUUGGGUUGAGGUCUGGACUCAUGGCACUUUUGGAGCCACUCCUGGCCUAGUCCGACUGUUCAGUCUGUCGGUCCAAAGAGAAUCAUUCAAGUAUGUAAAUGCACAGGAACUGCCCACUGACAUGAAGUCAAUAACAGACCGUGCUGCUCAGACACUGCUGUGGACUGAACUCUUCAGAGGUUUAGCGAUGACAAUGAGUUACCUGUUCCGUGAGCCGGCCACCAUAAAUUACCCGUUUGAGAAAGGGCCCCUGUCUCCCCGCUUCCGUGGUGAACAUGCUCUGCGCAGAUACCCUAAUGGCGAGGAGCGCUGCAUUGCUUGCAAACUUUGUGAAGCCAUCUGUCCUGCACAGGCCAUCACCAUUGAGGCAGAGACACGUGCAGAUGGAAGUAGGAGAACAACCCGCUAUGACAUUGACAUGACCAAGUGCAUCUACUGUGGGUUUUGCCAGGAGGCCUGCCCUGUUGAUGCCAUCGUCGAGGGACCUAAUUUUGAGUUUUCCACUGAGACUCAUGAGGAAUUGCUGUAUAACAAAGAGAAGCUGCUGAACAAUGGUGAUCGCUGGGAAGCUGAGAUUGCCGCUAACAUUGAGGCUGAUUAUUUAUAUAGAUGAAUCACUUAUGUUUUACAACACACACACACACACACACACACACACACAAACAAACAAGACAAAUAAUCUCUCUCUCUGUCUUUCUCACUCACACACAAAACACAUCACAUAUAUUUCAGAAACGUACUAUGAUAAUGUACACUAUGAGCUCUGCAGACACUGUUAACCUACCUUAUACCACGGUUUGGUUGAUAUUCGUAUUGUGACUCGUUCGUUAGAAGUAAGAGAUAAUGUAUAGUCAUUCUUGAAAAAUAAAUCAGGACAGGACGAACAGGACCCGACUGGCAACUGUCUAAUAGCUAGUAACGUUACAUUACAUUUGGGUUACGGGCCACAUUGAUUUUACAAAGCUAAGACUCAACAGAAUACUGGGAUAUGCUAGCUUGGCAACGAGAGGUAUGAAACUUACGACUGGGCUUUGGCCAUAGCAACCAUCUAUUUAGAAGACAGUUUCUCCUAGUUAAAAAAAGACUCAAAGUGUAGC